AUGAAGUGCUGGUUCUCCUGCAACCACCGCUGCCGCAGGUAAAGCCCAGGAGAAGCAUCAGGAAUGGUCCUCAAGCCGAGGUGUUGCUGUGGUUCGUUCUCGGGGUUCAUUCUGGUUCCCAGUUCUUGCGUGCUUUUGCACACUUUUGCUUCAGGUCCAGUGUACCUGAAGGAGCGUCUCCACCCCCGUUGUUCUGCCCGGACACUGAGGUCCAGCUCCGAGGGCCUUCUGGCGGUUCCCUCACUGCGAGAAGCCAAGUUACAGGGAACCAGGCAGAGGGCCUUCUCGGUGGUGGCGCCCGCCCUGUAGAACGCCCUCCCUUCAAAUGUGAAGGAAAUAAGCAGCUAUCCUAUCUUUAAAAGACACCUGAAGGCGGCCCUGUUUAGGGAAGCUUUUAAUGUUUAAUAGACUAUUGUAUUUUAAUAUUGCAUUGGAAGCCACCCAGAGUGGCUGGGGAAACCCAGCCAGGUGGGCGGGGUAUAAAUAAUAAAUUAUUAUUAUUAUUAUUAUUAUUAUUAUUACACCAGUGCAAACCUCUGGCUUUGGGGGUGGGGGAUCAGUGUGGCCCUCCAGACCUCUCCCUGAGCUACACGCCUCGCCAGCCCUGCUUUGCACCCUGUCUGGGAAUGCGCCUUUUGCUUGCCUAGAUGGAAAAGAGGUUUUUGUGUGUGUAGAAACCCGCCUAAUGCACAAAGGUAAAAGUGAAUGCCCACUUCCACCCCUGGCCCAGCCCACCACCAGCAUGUGGCCCUCAGAAGGGAGUCCAGAAAGUAAUGCAGCCCCCAGGCUGGAUGAAGCUUCCUGCAAUGCAUUAUUGUGUCUCAAAACUGUAAAGUCGGAAGAGACCUCCAGCGGUCAUCUAGUCCAACCCGCAGCAAUGCAGGAAGCACAGGAGUCCCGACCUCUGCUUAAAAGCCCCCAUAAGUCCAUCCUAACACAGUUUUAAUCCUGUUGGGAGUUUGCUUUUUAACAAUUGCAUUUCAUACAUUUUCAGCUUGUUGUAUUUUGUCUGUUGUGUAAGGUGCCUUGAGUCCCUGUCUGGGGAAAAGGCAGGAGAUGAAUAAAUAUAAUAAUAAUAAUAAUAAUAAUAAUAAUAAUAAUAAUAAUAAUAAACUCUGCAAGGGAGGCCCCUGCUUCUGAGCCUGCCUUGGCAACCCCCCCCAUGACCCAACAGUGGGUCGGCUAGUUGACUGGGAUCCUUUCUGAAGGGCCUAUCUGAUCCGCCUCCUUUUCCUCUUCCAGAUCCCGCUACGAGGAAGACCACAGGUGAGGAGGUGGGCAUCUCUGGGACCCUUAACUCGGGACCCUUUGGCUCUGUUGGGCCAAGGAUGGGGGGGGAAGGUGAGAGAGACUGUGCGGUUGGGGCUGGAGUGGGAACCCUCUGAAAAGCUCUUGGCCACUUUCCCCGGGAUUCAGUGGCUUUCUCGGAGGGGGGGGGGGCACACGUCAAGGCAAUAAAUAAACGAACGAAUGAAAUAAAAUUACGGUGCGAAUAUUCGCUGCCAUGAAGACUCCCGCUCUUCCUCCCAGGCUCUCGGAAAUCAGGGAGGAGGGAAAGCGAGAGAAGGGGAAGCAGGAAGGUGGGCCAAAGGAGACGGCUGUCGGAGAAGGUGAGGAGCGGGUCUGGGGUGGGUGGGGGCUCCAAAGCCCCCCAAGGGUUUGCUCUCCGGAGAACUGCCCGCCUUGGAUGGGGGCACCUGGGCAAGGCUUCCUGUGGGAGUCAGGCUGGGCGCUGGCACAGACCCCAGGAGAGAGGAGCCUGGGGGACGAGGUGGCUGAAGGGGAAAGGCCUUGGCAGACAGGUGGGUGGGAUGGAGGCUCACCUGCAAACACAGGUGGUGCUUUACUUCCUUGGAUCUCCGUUGGGGGUGAUAGCCCAGGAGAACCUCCUUCUCCCUUACUGCUGUAAUAAACGGAAAUCUGCCCUUAUUCCCAUAUGGGGGACACAAGAGCCCUUAUAGAGUCCUUUGCAGGUUCUCCAUCGGUCGCAGAAAAGAACAGAGGCCAAGCAGAGAAUAUUGAGAAGCAAAGCAGCUCGUAAGCCUGAUCUUUAUUGAUCUGUUGCAACAGGGUGCUCCCUGCCCCCACAGGAGGAGGGAGGGACCCAGAACCAAGGUGUGCCCACCCUUAUAUAGAUAUUUUAAAUUGCCCGCCUUGGAGUCCAAGACCACUCCCCGACACAUCAUACCUACAUCACAGAAAGGGCGGUCUACAACAGAAAUCUGAGUGCGUUGUUUACCUCCUGUCUGGCAGGUGACCUGUUAAUGCUCACUUGAUUGGAUACCCUGGGGAGCCUGGCCAGUCUUUUGUAAUGAUAUCUACUUAGUUCCUGGGCCAGGUCACAGGCUCACCCUAUUCAUACACAGACAGACAUACCCUUAAGACAGGAUUUGUGAAGGAAAAGACAAUGGGGAGGCUUUUCCAUUUUCCUUUGACCUUGCAGAGAAAACAUUUGGUCAGUUUGGGAGUCAAAAUGGUUUCAGGGCGGUAUUCCUGUGCUGCUCCAGACAUGUGGUCCCCAUAUCUAUGUACGUGUUUGCUUGGUACAUUUAUGGACAUUUAUUAUAUAUAUAAAAGACCUUAAUUUUUUUAUUUCACUGCAUACCCCCCCAGCACUUCUCCGAUGAAAAUAGGGACGUCCUCGGGAAAAGCGAGACAUUCCAGGAUCAAAUGAGAAACUGGGGCAGCUUCUGUAAAUCCGGGGCUGUCCCUAGAAAAUAGGGAGACUUGGAGGGUCUGUUGUUUUCUUUUCCAGGCUGUCCCCCUCGACGGGUGCCCAGAGCUGAGCCCCAGCCAGACGGGGCAGUUGAGGAUGGUAAGCCCAGAGAGAGGGUGGGUGGGGGGACAGAGGGGGGUCGGGGGCAGCCGGCCACCCUUCGCUUCCUGGCCUGCCGGGUUUCUCUUUUAGGUGACGAUCCGGAAAGCCCUGCCAAGGCCCCCCAGCCCCUGGGGACCCUCCCCUCCAAGGAAGCACCCGGCGAAGCCCACCCACCCUCUUCCCAACCUGCUCCAAGUUUCCCCAUUCCCCACCAUGAGAUUCUGGGCUUCAUUCAAGAGCUGGGGGCAGCACAGGAGCGUCAGUCCUGCCACCGCCGGGAGCGUAAGUAGGGGAGGGUGGGGCACUUCCCCUCCGUCCCCCCACAAGAUCCCUGUGCCUUCCUCCUCCUCCUCCUCCUCCUCCUCCGGGAGAAGGGUCUGCUCCAGCUUCCUGAGCAUCUCUGCUUCCGUUUCAAUAAUAAUAAUAAUAAUAAUAAUAAUAAUAAUAAUAAUAAUUUAUUUGUACCCCACCCAUCUGGCUCCCAACAGAAUAUUAAAAACAUAAAAAACCAUAAACAUUAAAGGCAGAUGUCUUCUAAAAGUAGGGUAGUUGCUUAUUUCCUUGACAUCUGCUGGGAGGGCGUUCCACAGGGCGGGAGCCACCACCAAGAAGGCCCUCUGCCUGGUUCCCUGUAACCUCACUUCUCACAAUGAGGGAACUGCCAGAAGGCCCUUGAAUCUGGACCUCAGUGUCCAGGCAGAACGAUGGGGGUGGAGACGCUCCUUCAGGUCUACUGGGCUGAGGCCAUUUAGGGCUUUAAAGGUCAGCACCAACACUUUGAAUUGUGCUCGGAAAUGUACUGGGAGCCAAUGUAGGUCUUUCAAGACCGGUGUUCUGUGGUCUCGGCGGCCGCCCCCAGUCCCCAGUCUAGCUGCCGCAUUCUGGAUUAGUUGUAGUUUCUGGGUCACCUUCAAAGGUAGCCCCACAUAGAGCGCAUUGCAGUAACCCAAGCGAGAGAUAACUAGAGCAUGCAAGAUGCUAGUCCUUAAGGAAGCUGCAAAGAUCUGGGGUGUGUGGGGGUUUUUUUGGCGGUGGGGGGGGGGAGACAACAGCUGUCGAAACCUCAGGAGCCACAGAGGGGCAAUGGAUGAAUGUUUUGGGGGGCUUUGGUGCCCUGCCUUGCCCCUCCCAGGGUCAAGUGAGACUAGAGCAACUCACACAGAGGCUGGGUGGCCAAUUGUCAGGGACUGUUUUGCUGUGAUCCUUGCAUUGCAGAGGGUGGGUUUACAUGACCCGCUGGGGUCCCUUCCAAUUCUAUAAAAAUAGCAAAAGGGGUUUUUUUUGGCUUAGGGCCCUCGUAUUUACAGGACCUCCUUUCCUGGUCUGCCCCGCAGAGGACCUUAAGGUCCAUGAAUAAUCAUAGUUUAGAGGUCCCGAGUCCUAAGGAAGUCAGACUAUCCUCCACCAGGGCCAGGGCCUUCUCAGUGGUGGCUCCAACCUGGUGGAAAGCUCUGUCCCAGGAGACCAGGGCCCUGCAGGAUUUAAGCUCCUUCCGCAGGGCCUGUAAGACAGAGCUGUUCCGCCUGGCCUUUAAUUUGAAUCCAGCCUGAUCUUUCAUUUCCCUUCCCUUCCCUCCCCCUCCCCUUUUAUGAAGAUCACCCGCUCUGAGACCCCACAUCUAAUUCUCCCCUGGCCUCCUCGCUGGCCCAAGUAGGACCAAUUCAGCCAGCUAGCCCUGGGGAUUAUCUAAUUGAUUUUUGUUUUUUGAAUUUUAUUGUUAUUCAUCGUUUUCAUGCUGUAUUUUAUGCUGCUUUUAUACAGUAAUUGUUUUAAAUAUGUUGUUAGCUGCCCUGAGCCCAGUUUUUGAACCGGGAAGGGCGAGGUAUAAAUAAAAAUUUAUUAGUAUUAUUUAUUAAUUUUAAAAAUCCAUCUUGCUUUUUGCAAAAUGACCCAACCCUCUCCCCGCCCCCCCCUGCUGCCAAUGUCCCUCCUGUUCUGUUUGCAGCAAGCGGGGUGCUGGAUCUGCCCCUCCCUGAACGCUGCUCCUCUCCCCGCAGGGAAAAAGGACCUCCGCAGCUGCCACGACUGCCUGAAGUCCGUCAAGACCUUGAAGGAGAACCUGCAGGAGGUCCAGGGGCGGCUCUGGAAGGUGGAAGCCAAGCUGGGCAUCCGCGUGCCCCCCCACGAGCUGGAGCUGGAGGAGGACGAGAAGGAGCCCCCCAAGGAAGGAGGAGGGGAGGGCGAGGAGAGCCCCCUGGCCUGGGCUCCCCUUCCGGUGCCCCCCCAGCCUGGAGGUGGGGCAGAGGGCAGCUGGUGA